UGCUGCUUCAGCUUUAAUAUUCAAAAUCCAAAUUAUAUAAUAUAUUUCUUCUUCUUCCUUGAUUGUUCCUUCUUUCUUUCGCCUAUACAAACAUGUCGGAAUUCGCCGGGAGAUACUCCGGCCAAAAGGCAGAUAAAGCACCGGAAAAAUCCAACUUCUCUCAUACCUGUAAUCUUCUCAGCAAGUACAUGAAGAAGAAUGGAUCCUUCGGUGAUCUCAGCAUCGGAAUCACGGGCUACACUCAGGCGACGGAGAAAUCACCGUCAACCAUGAACUUGUUUCCGGUCACUGGAAAUUCAAGUGCGGUAAAGAAAUCGAAACCGGAAACUGCAGAAAUGACGAUUUUCUACUCAGGCAAAAUGAUGGUGUUCAAUGAUAUUCCAGCUGAUAAAUUUAAGGAAAUUAUUACAUUUGCAGCUGACAAUGAGAGUUCUCAGUAUCAUCACAGCAUUCCCGCAACCGAUUUUACCAAUAAUUUGGUCGUAGCCGAUCUGUCAAUUGCAAGGAAGUCUUCCUUGACCCGCUUUUUUGAGAAGAGAAAGAACAGGCUGACUGCUCGAGCACCUUACUCAACGUCGAGCAAUAAGGCUUCGGCUCUUCCAAAUCUAACCAAUUCAAAGGCGUGGCUCGGGUUGGCAGCUUAAAUUACUCUUCACAUAACUCUGCACUAUUAUGAGUUAGUUUUAUUGAUCUAUUUUGUGUUUGUCUGUAUGGUUAUUAUAUAUUUAUGCACAAAUAGAAUUGCAAAGUCAGCUUAUGAAAAUCUAAAUGUUUUUUAGGUAUUAUUAUUAUAGUUCAGAAUUAUGUC